AUGGAUAACUUACUUCCAAUAAAUAAAAUAAAGUUUAUUGAUUAAUUAUCUAUAAUUUUUAGCUUUGGAUUUGUAAACUAAUAAAUAUCAUUACUUUUAUCAAGAUUAAAUAUUCCAAUAUAAUAAAAUCUUAUAUCUUUAAUUUCAAAAAUCAAAUUUAAAAAUUUUAAGUUGCUGAUUAAAUUAUCGAUUAAAUAUUUAAUUGUGAUAUAUUAUUUAUUCCAAUUUAUAAUGAUAGUGACUAGUACAUUUAUUUACUUAAGAUGUCUAUAUUUUUAGAUAUAACUAUUUUUGGAUAUAUAUAGUAAAAUGUGGACUCUUGCUCAGUUUAAAAAAUUAUAAAAUGUUGAUCCCACAUAUUCCAAAUGCUUGAAAAAAAUAACGGGAUUUGAGUAUACUCUCGCGCGAGAAAUAGUUAUUCAAGAAUAGCUAUAUGAAUAAUAAUAAAAAUCAUAUUAAUAAUUAAGUAAAAAAUUUGUUUUAUUAUUGUUUACAUUUUAAAUUUACAAUUGUAUAGACUCCGAAAUUGAAAUAUGUGUAAAUAAUUAAUAUUACAAUUUAUAAAAGUUUUAAACAGUUUUUAUCUUGAUUUUUUUUGUUUUGUAAACUUGA